CCUCAAUUCAGAAGAAGAAGAAGAGGAGCAGCAGGAGGGGCAACAGUAGAAGAGAGAAUCUCGUAUGUACUCCCGUGUGUUAAAUAAGUUAACUUAUUUACAGAAGUUAUUGUUGUUGUUUUUGUAAGUAAUCACACUUAUAUACGGUGUUUCUCGGAGACGCCCUCGUUUACACUAGUCCAUACCGCCAGGUGGCGGUAAAUACACCACAAGAACCCGAGAACCGCCUCAAUUCAAAGAAGAAGAAGAAGAAGCAGGAGAAAAGAACACGCAUGCGCAGAAGCUGUAUAUUCUCCAGACGGCACGUGGGAAUGUCUGUGCUCAGAGAAAAGAUGUUUCCUGUCUGCGUAAAGUCAGACUGCAGCACUGCAGACGAGCACGUGCUUGGAGGUGACGAAAAGGAGGAAGGUUAAUCUUUUUACUGCACACCAAUUCAUGGUGUUUCAAAAGAGAUCCGAGAUAGUUCAAAUCUUAAGGAAAAGAAAAGUCUGCAUUGACUGAGAUUGCCCCCUCUCCGUAAUCCCCCAGAGUCCCUGACUGCAUGGGAUUCUCGAAGGUCAAGAUCUGUUGGAGAGGUGAUGGAUUUUGUAAACUCGAGCUCCAGUGUGCUGUGGCGUAGGAGGCUGUUAUGUUUGUGAUUCUGUGGAUGUUACUGCACUACACAUUCUCCUAAUCUUAUGUCCAUGUUUAUUAAAUUACUACAUUAAAACUACUGAAAUUCUAACCACUUAUGGCUGAGUGUGAUUUUUUAUUUUAUUUUAUUUUUUUUGUUGCUCUGAUUUUUCUGAUCAAUAAUUUUGAAUGUAGUGUGUUUGUACUGUUUAAAAUACCUCACAACUGACUUUUUGUUUGAUUAAAGAAUUGAAGACACAUUUAAUAAUGGUUGCUAAGUUAUGAGUUUUUUUUUUUUUUAUGUUGGAACACUGUCACAUUGAGAUUUUAAAUAUGUUCUAACAAAUAUGCACAGAAACAUGUCUGUGAUGUCUCUUACGGCUAGCGAUAUGAGCCACGUGAUACCACACCACCAUCCUCACACCAUGUCUCUAGGACCCUUUGAUUGGUAUCCAUCUUAUGCCUGAUUAUAAAUAUAAUAAACUCACGAUUGCCAUUGCGCAGUGAUUGUUAAACUUACUUUAAAUAAAACAACUUUAAGACAACUUAUUCUGAAAUGUUAUUUAGUUUGAGCUAAAAUUAAUACAACGAUCUAAAAGUUUAAGGUAAAAGUUUUGCUCAUUCACUGUAAGCUACUUUCCAGUAUCAUGUCAGACAUUACAGAUAACUAUUUGGCCUGCUUUGUAUAAUAUAGUGCUUUCAUUAAUUUAUUUCUAUUUAUUUAGCUGUUCAUUUCAAUCAUUUCACUCCCAACAAGUUUGCCAAUGAAAUUCUGCCCAAAAUCAGGCACUUAAAUGUACAACUAAAUGGGUCCUCCGAGAGCCGUUGAUUUUGAAUCAUCCAUUCGGAUCAAUACAGGAAGCGACACGAUUUGGGGCUUGUGCAGAAUAUGGUACAACACGUACAGUAGUGACGUAGUCUCUUGUUGACUUUUGCUUUCAGUUCAGUAGUACCAGAUUCUGCGUUACUGUUUACGCCUGGCUGAAUGCGCAGGUGUCACGCGUUUAACACCGAUUAAUGCAGCAUUGAUGUCAUCAUGGACCCAAUGGUUAUUGAAGUUCAUGGAGUUCCCUGCAUUCCUCCUCAUGACCGGAUGGUUGAUCAGCUAAAGAUACACUUCCUGAAGCGGAGGAAUAGUGGUGGUGAUGUUUUAACAGUGAUUUAUCCAACUUCUGCUCCAGGCCAGGCAUAUGUCAUAUUUGAAUCAACUGAAGUUCCUGGAGUCUUGGCACAUACUCAUGUUCUAGAUGUUGACAACAGAUUUUAUCCAAUACACGUAAAGAAAGCUCAUUUGUCUGAGGUGGACAUGAAAGUUAAGACCAUGCUGGACUUGAGGAUGUUCCCAAAGCCAGAAUCAGUCUUGAAGCUCCUUAACAAUUAUGGCUUUAACGUAACAGAAUCCAGUUCAGGUCAUGUCCAGUUGAAGGGCUCCUUCUUGAAACUAAAGCUCAUACACAGUGAACUCAUACAGCUUCAGGGUCACGGACAUCACUCCCAUAGUAAAUCUCCAUCUGCUAUUCACAAUGGCUCCUCUUUGGGGUAUGACAUGGAGCGUAAGAGUUUGGAUCCCAGAUUUGGUUCCAAGUCCACAUCGAGGAAUAUGGAUAAAAUGGAUGCUGUCAGUCAGCAGCAGUUACUUGAUAAUGCACUGUCAUCUUCAUAUAGAGAUUCGGCAUCUGGUGGAUCUCCCAGGAGUCUUCAAAGCAGACAUUCAUCCUACACUGAAAGAAAUGCAAGCAGCCCAAUGGAUGCUGCUGUUCAAAAAUUUCAAAGACUGGACAGCAACGAACUGCUUGCUCAGAGACGGAGCCCCCAUGCUGAUGGUGCAUCAUCAUUAUCAGCAAAUUCUCCAUCUAGUCUCACAUCGCUACACCACACAUCUCCAUUGUAUAAUGAUUCAGCCUCAGGUGGAUACCCCAGGAGUCUUCACAGCAGCUACUACUCCUCUAUUGGAAGUACUAGCUAUAAAGUGGACACUGAUAUCCCAGACUAUGUGCACACGCAACAGCAAAACGUCAUGAGCAAUGAAAUGCUUGCUCAUAGAAGGAGCCACCUUGUUGAUGUUCCAUCCUCGUCAAAAACCUCUACAUACAGCCCCACAAUGCAACACCACACAUCUUAUAGAUAUUCACCCUCAAAUGGAUCUCUUAGGAACUUCCAAGAUGAUACUAGGGCCAGGUCCACUCACACCAGUCCCUCAUCCUCCAGUUUAGGAAUGGCAAGCUUUCCAGUGGACACAGAUAUCAUAAACUUUAUACUCACCCAACGGCAGAAUGAUCUUAAGCGGAUUAGGAAGGACUAUGGUACUGAGAUGAAUAUAAAAGAUGGUGUUGGCUUUACAACAGUCACGUUUUUGGGAAAUAACAGUGAGAAAGCUGAAGCAUGUCUUCUGAACCUCAUUGAGGAGAUCGGACCUUCACUGCGCACCCAAGAAAUACAUCUGAAGGAAUAUGACAGUGUUAAAAAAAAGCAGAUCCUUGAGAGAAUCGAAGGUAAUAAAGACUCGGGUGUUUCCAUCACACACACUGAUGAUGUUGUAAAGCUGGUGGGAGACUCAAGAGGAAGCUUUGAGAUGAUGCAAAAGCUACUAGGACACAAUGAUGCCUCUCAUAGAGGAAGGGCCAUGGAGAGGGGCUCAAAAUCCAGGAGAAGCUGUUCUCUACCCAGACAGUAUAAGAUGGCUGCCAAUGCCCGUGUUACCACUCCUGAAAAUCAGGCAAGUGCUGCAAGCAAAUACUCUCCUUCACAUUAUCAAGAGAAAUCAGAUGAAGGAAAAGCUCAGCAGAUUGUUCAAGGCCCUGAACAGAUUCCAGACAAGAAGUCCCAACGGACACGCAGCAAUUCAGAGUCUCGAGACAAAAACAGGACAACCAAGGAGCAGGCGUUACCUCAAGUGGAAUUAGAGUCGCCAGGUCGAGGAAAGAAGUCCCUAAAAGAGUGUGGCAUUAACUUCCUAAAACGACUCGAUCCAAAUACUAAAAAUAUUGAUUAUCGAAUGGCUAUGCGUAAGAAAAGUCAUUCUACACCCAAAAACCCUGACUAAAUUGCUGUUUGCUGAUAUACAGAAAGUCAGCAAAAUUAUUAAAAAGUAUUCUAUGAUCUUCAGUACACACUGUUCAUGUGCAUUUUAGGUGAUUUCUUAUAUUUUUAUAAUCAAGAUAUUUGUAAUGUUAAACAAUAAAUAAACUACAUUUCAUGGUUUUGAACAAUGUAUCCUACAAUAACUAACCAGCACUGAUUUAUUAUUUCUGGAAUAAAAAAAAAUGUAAAGUCACGUAAAAUGAUGGA